AUGACCAAUGGUGACCGCUCUGACGCAACCUUCAGUCCGAAGCGUAUCUGGUAUCAAACAAUCACCCACUUCUCCCAGGAGGGCAAAGACCGCCUUGACAUCCUAACUCUGCCAGGCUUUCCCAGGUACGACAACGAACUCGAACCGAUUAGUAGAGCUAUUAUCAAUGCCAAUAAUGGCGGCAUCAUUAUCUUUGACGCUGCGGGAAACGAGGGUGAUAACGCGAGCGUCUUCUGGCCGGCUUCGGUACAAGAGACGGGCGACGUGAUCUGGAUCGACUCAUCAGAUGCCAAGGGCUCGCCCUUGAGCUUUAAACCCAGCCCCGAGACAGGCCGCUGGAUCUUCACUCUGGACUAA